AUGAGUAGCGGAAAAUUAGUAUCGAAUUUCUUUUUAACUCUAAUGGUGGGUGUGAUUUAUUUUGUGGCCCCUGGAGUAUUUGCCGCAAAUAAUGUUACAAGUUCGGUAAUUCCCGAUCCACGUAUUGUGGCUGGUUCAACGGCCAAAGAUGGUCAAUUUCCAUAUCAGGUGGCCUUGAAUAUUGGUAAAAGCUUCACCUGUGGUGGUUCGAUUAUUUCUUCUAAUUAUGUGGUAACAGCGGCCCAUUGUGUUAGCUCUGGUAUACGACCUAGACCCAUUCCCGCAUCCCGGUUAAAUGUUCGUGUAGGUAGCCGAUUUUACAAUAGUGGUGGUGAAGUGGUUGGAAUCUCCGAGGUCAAGAUCCAUCCCUCUUAUCGCCGUUCGGACAAUGACAUAGCCCUGCUGAAGCUGUCAAAACCUUUGGAAUUUUCGGACAAUAUAAAAAACAUUACCAUUGCCCGUAAGGCACCGGCUGAUGGCACAGCUGUGGUAACCUCCGGUUGGGGUCUUUUACGUAACUCAGGUUCAACACCCAAUGAGCUGCAAUACACCACAAUGACUGCCCUUUCCCACACAAAUUGUAGACGCCGUUUGUGGACAGUGUCCGGCACGGUAUUGUGCCUAGCCCCCCGCAAUGGUAAUGGUGUGUGUGGCGGAGAUUCCGGCGGACCGGCUGUGUACAAUAAUGAACUUGUUGGUGUCACGAACUUUGUCGUGGGUGGUUGUGGUUCACGUUUUCCCGAUGGUUAUGCCAAUGUUGCCUAUCAUUACAGUUUUAUAAAGAACAAUUCAGAUUUGUAGGC